CAAAGUUAUUGGAAACAUGGAACGACCUUAAAACAGUUUGAAAUUCCGUGACCUUUAGUUUGCUUCAUCAUGAGCGAAAGAUACAGCUUCUCCUUAACUACAUUCAGUCCAUCCGGAAAGCUUGUUCAGAUCGAAUAUGCAUUGAAAGCAGUUGAAGCUGGAGCUCCGUCUGUUGGUAUACGUGCCGCGAAUGGGGUUGUGCUUGCUGCAGUAAAAAAGUUCACUUCAAAACUUAUGGACGAGUCAACAGUGACAAAAAUUGAGCAAGUGACAGAUGGGAUAGGGAUGGUUUACAGUGGCUUGUCACCAGAUUAUCGUGUAUUGGUUAAACAGGCCAGAAAGUCGUCUCAGGCAUAUCAGCUGGCGUAUGGUGAACCUAUAUCUCCAGAACAAUUGGUUAUCCGAAUAGCUGCUGUUAUGCAAGAAUAUACACAAUCCGGGGGUGUUCGCCCAUUUGGUGUCUCCCUAUUAGUUGCAGGAUGGGAUAGAGAUUUGCAACGACCAUUUCUUUACCAAUGUGACCCUUCUGGUACGUAUUUCCCUUGGAAGGCUACUGCAUUAGGACAAAAUUCACAAAAUGGCAAAUCCUUUUUGGAAAAACGAUAUAAUGAAAAUUUAGAACUGGAGGAUGCUACACACGCGGCCAUAUUAACUUUAAAAGAGAGUUUUGAAGGUCAAAUGACAGAAAGUAAUAUUGAAGUUGGUGUAUGCAAUGAAAAUGGUUUUCGGAUUUUAACAUCAGAUGAAGUGAAAGAUUAUUUAGCAGCUAUACCAUAAUAGUUAUCUUUGUUUUUAAAAAAAGGUUUGUCAAAUAAAACCAUUUCAAGUUAAUUUUCUACAA